GGUGACGUCACAAUGGUUAGCGAGCGGCGAGCGCUGUACAGAAACAUUAGUAUCCUGACAGACGGCCGCGGGAAGGAUCGUGUUAUUGGGAGCUGCGCGCCGACUAUCGUACCCGACACUGACCGCUUACUGUGAUCCUGUCAGUGCGGUGUUUACCAGCUCCGUGAGGAGGGCGGCCAUGACUCCCGGGCUGUAAUCAAUAAGAAGACCAAAUGGCCAAACAACCACCAUUAAAUUUGGGGUGCAGUGGAGGAGAUCAGAGCCAGCCAGCCAGCAGACGCACUCCACACAGACCCCUCAGGACAGGGGCUCCUACAUCCCUUGCCAGCCCUUUUCCAAGCCCCCAUUCUGAUGAGGGAGGGUGCUGCCCUAGUACUCCUUGGGGCCAUAGUUUAUCACCAUACAGCCCCAGUUCUUUUGCCAACAGAUCCCCACUUUGUAUGUUAGUAAGGGGGUCCUCCCUUGUCUCCAAAACUUCAAGUGGAUAUUUUUCAUUUGAAGUGAGUCCUGCUCCUGUAUAUUGUGACAAAGCCACUCAGACACCAAGCCCUCCCUGUCAAGCGUUUAACCACUUUCUCUCCGUUAUGGCUGCCAGACCUAUUAAUCACCGUGAAGAAACUCGGCCAGAAAUCGCGAUUGCACAUGAGCUCCGCCGUAUUGGAGAUGAAUUUAAUGCAUUGCACAAUCCUGGGGGUUUUCACAAUCGACAAGGGUUUGUGAACAAUGUAAUAAUCCUGCGUGUGCUACAUUAUAUCAUCCGACUCAUAUGGAGAAUGCAGUGACUGCGCCUUCUGCCCUGGACGGAAGAAUGAAUUCACAAAUGAAGGAUUCUAGCACUUGGCUUGUGUUCAUCAUAUACUAUGCAAUCCAAAUCAUCUGCAGAGCUUUAGCCGUCUUCCGCAUUCUGAGAAGCCUCCAGGAACACCCCUUGUUGCAUCAGACUAAUUGGGUUCGGAAUGGACUUCUAAGGAUUACUACGUUCUGUGGAUUAUUUUUUUCUGCAAUUUUAUAAAAAAAUACAAAUGUUCUAUUUUCUGUAAAUAAGAGAAUAAAUCAUCAGACUUCCAUAUCUACUGAUACUUUACUGAUCCAUCCCCAAAGACCUGUGGAUAUUGUGGAAAUGGAGCUUUUGGAUACACUUUGCUGCCUUACGUAUGUAUAUAAAGCAAAUGUGACACGAGGGGGUGAAGUCAAAGCAAUUCAGUUUAUAGUGACCUUCUUGGUACGCCUGUCUUCCAGUUACGUUAUUUUAAGGAUUGUUAUGAUUCAUUUUUUUCCUUUCAUGGGAAGGAUGUUUAUUAUGAGUUUGGAUUGGAUGACCAUGACAACACCCACUCUUCGGAAGGAUGGAUUGCUGGAAAGGAUGGCUUCUUUCACAAUUUUCAAUAUAACCAUUUCCCAUAUCAGAUACUCUCUUCGAGCCCUGUUUAUACAAAUCUUCUAGUUUUUCUUCUGGUGCAAAACACAUUGUAACUGAACCAAUGGUUCUAAUAACUUGCUUGUUUCCAUCGUUGCAUAAGAUAAUUAUGUAUGUGCAAACACAUGAAAAGGGGUGGAAAGGAAUCGUGUGUUUUGUGUGGGACCAGUUGAUUCCUAGUGGAUUACUAAACCUAAAAUACAUGUGAAUAGGAGUUUUAAUAGAUAUUUUGGAAAUGUGGCCUGUUCCCACUCUACUUCAUUAUUUUGCAACUUUUGGCCUCAAACCUGCUAACGCUGAAGACCAACAUGCUUCUCUGUAUGUUGGCUAUGUGUUGUAUACUAUCGGUAGAUGUAUUUUAGGAUUAUUUGAAACUGAUGUAAAGCAACUUGUUUUUUUAGUUUUAGUGGCCCUUGAUAUACAUCCUAUAAAAUCAGGUCUUCCACC